AUGGCGGCCGGUGUGCGGUCGUGUGCUUGCUGUCUGCAGUUUAAAUUCAGUCCUGAAGAAAUAGAACAGCGACACAAGAGCCAAGAAAUCGACAGACUUAUUGAAAAAGACAAGCAGACGUUCCGACGGCAAGUGAAGCUGCUGCUGUUAGGUGCUGGUGAAAGUGGGAAGUCAACUUUUCUUAAACAAAUGCGGAUCAUCCAUGGGGUAAAGUUCGAACCUGAACUUAUUAAAGAAUAUCAACAAGUGAUAUAUCUUAACAUUGUGAAAGGUAUGAAAGUUUUAGUUGAUGCGAGAGACAAAUUACAAAUUCCAUGGGAGAAGCCAGAAAACAGUGAAAGUGGAAAACACGUCUUGAGUUUCGAAAACAGCAUGAUUCUAGAUGCUAGAUUGUUUUUACAGUACGCAUCGUCCCUAAAUAACUUGUGGAAGGACGCUGGAAUAAGGCAUGCCUACGAUAGAAGAAGCGAAUUCCAGCUUAGCGAUUCUGUUCAGUACUUCUUUGAUAAUUUGGAGAGGAUAGCAAGAAUGGAUUAUGUACCCACACAUCAAGACAUCUUGCAUUGUCGUAAAGCAACCAAAGGAAUCUCAGAGUUUGUAGUUCUGAUCAAUAACAUUCCAUUCCAAUUUGUUGAUGUUGGGGGCCAGCGAUCUCAGAGACAAAAAUGGUUUCAGUGUUUUGACUGUGUCACAUCAAUACUCUUUCUAGUAUCAUCAUCAGAAUUUGACCAAGUUCUGUUGGAAGAUAGGAAAACAAAUAGGUUGGAAGAAUCUCGAAAUAUUUUUGAUACUAUUGUUAACAAUGUUGUAUUUCGUGGUGUCUCAAUCAUUUUAUUCAUGAAUAAAACAGAUUUGUUAAUUGAAAAACUGAAGUCUAGAAAAACGGACAUUAGAAAACAUUUUCCACAGUAUGUAGGAGACCCACAUAAUUUGGUUAGUGUACAGACAUUUAUUCUAAACAUGUUUUCUAAUGUGAAACGUGAUCCAAGGAAGCCACUUUUUCAUCAUUUUACAACAGCUGUUGACACUGAAAACAUCAAGGUUGUGUUUAAUGCCGUAAAGGAUACAAUCCUACAUAGAAAUUUGGAAUCUCUUAUGCUCCACUGAAACUUAGUUUUUAUCAGGGAGCACAAUAUGAGUUUCUGCACUGUAUAUUCAUUAUGGGACUACUUUAUAUUGUAUAUUGAAGCAUUAAAAAUGUUCAUAUUUUUUUGAUGUUGGAAAGAAACAGUGUAAGCAAGUGUUGUUACACACAUUAAGAACGAAGUGCCUUACUAAGUGCUGUCAUAAAAGAACAUUUCUGUACUGACUUUUUGUAGAAGGUUUUCAUAACAUGUUUUGUAAUAUUUUUAAGCUUACAACAUACUAUUUUUGAGAAUCUCCUUACUGGAGUAUGUAAGAAUCUUCGUUUAGCUCAUGAAUAACUUAUUUUGUGAGCUUAACGAUAACUUUCAAAGACCAAAGCUUAAGCCAAAAAUUGUAAACAUUAAAUGGCUAGUGUAAAUUAUCAGAACUAACAUCUGUAUCGAUAACCAGUUCUGUUGUGAUGCCUUUUAAUAUGACUACUUGACAGGAAAUAGCAUUUAACUUAUUUACAAAAUGGUCUUAAUUAGUGCCUUUAGAGACUGUGAACCUGUUCACAUGUACUCAUGAGAUGCCUUACUUUUCAGCACUAGAAUUAAAUGUAACCAUUAUAAUGUAGAUUGUCAACUCUUUGUCAGUUGUGUCAAUUAAAUUUUAUUAUUUUUGUAUUAUUAAGUGUGUUUUAUGGAGAUCAGCUCAAAGAAAUGUGUUCAAAGAUCUGGUUUCUAACAGAUAAUACUGAUUUUUAUCUGAGCUAGUGUUCAAGUAGUUUUACUCGUCUAUGCUAAAUUAGAAUUCAGAAAUACAUACUAAAUUAAAAGAAUUGAACUAAAUGGCUGAAUUUAUUCCACAUUUGAAACUUAAUAUUGAAAUUGUUUUUGUUUUGCUCAGUUAAACUGUAUCCUAAAAAAAUGAAUUUUAAUACUGUAUCUCAGGAUAGUAAUUUGCUACUUGAAAUGUCUUGUUUCUAAAUUUUACAAUUGUUGGCAUUUAUUUUCUAGUUUCAUACAAUCUAUUUUUGAUAGCAGGUGGUUUAAAUGCCACCUCUUGUCAUUUUUAUGACUAAUUAUUAUUAUUAUUAUUAUUAUUAUUAUUAUUAUUUGUAAGAUAUUUUUGUAGAUAGUUCCUGAAUGUAACAGUAGUUGUACUGCGGUACCAAAAUGUUUUACACCAUAGUGAAAGGGAAAACUGUGAAAAUUGAGAAGUAAAGAUCAAGAAGGUAGAUAAGCAUUGUUAGGAAAUCUGAAAGUAAUGUCUAGUAUAGGAUUGAAGCAAAUGAAAAACUAACAAGCAUUCAUCUUUAUUCAGUGUGCAUUUAAUUCCUCUGAUAGUUUGUUUCAGACUAGGAAGCCAGCUGGACUAUCCUUGUUUUAGUAAGUUAUCAGAUCCCCCUGGUCACUUUCAAGAAAAAUUACAGCUCACCAAAAGCUUAUAAUUCAAAUCAAUUAAAAAAUUUUUCCUUCCACAUUCAUCAUAAACCAUCCCUGGAAUAGACUGAAUUGACAUUGAGGAAAACAUUCCAUGUUCAAUGCAUUUACUUGGACAUUCCAUAAUGAAUGUGUAAGAAAUAUUUUCCACUUUGUUGGGGUGGUAACUUUUACACAUUGUUGUAAUUUCUGACUGGAGCAAAUGUAUAAACAGAUUAGUUUAUUUGCACAACACUGAAUAAACAAUUUAAGCCUCAAGAAAUUUAAAUAAUGACAAUUCAGAUUAGUAAAUAUACCUAAUUGUGCAUCCCUGUCGUGGUGCUAAAUGGUGCCUUAAAUGAGUGGCAGAUAAAAGCAGGUGACUGAGUUUUUCACCUGUUCAAUUCAUAGAACACUCGAAAUUGUCAUCUCGUCCACGAUAGACAUAUGCCCAAUUUUGAAGUAUGUCACAUCUGAGCCCAUUGUGAUGUCAGACAUUUAUGGUAAGCUGCUUGUUUGGCAAUAAUGAAACACCAUUUUCACAGUACAUAUAACAUGCCAUUGGUAAUUAUGUACCCAAGUAAGAGACUAAUUAAUCUUUGAAAUUUAUAGUAGAAUGCUGACAUUGUUUCAUUAUAAUUGAUUUUCAAUUUUUUUGAAUUUGAUGUACAUUUCAUCAGAUGACUUAGUCAAGGUCAGUACAUACCAAUUAAUAAUGUAGGUACUUUUGGUAAUGCUGCUUAAACAUUUCAUUACCAUAUGUCACUUUCUUGAGAGCAUCAAUUAUGAUAUGUAGUAUUUUUUGAUCCAUUCUCAAAUCAUUGAAUACUUCUCAUUUGCAUUUGUUAAAAUAAUUUAUACAUUUGAUAUUCAGGUUUAAGUGACUUACCCAUGUUUUAAAUGAAGUUGUUAAUUCUCAGAUUCCAAGAGAUGCUGUUUGUGUAUAGGGGAGGGGCUUUGUGAAUGGGUCUAAUGUAGUGUUCUAGAAAUGGAAAUACAUGUACUGAGAUAUAAGUAAUUAAACUUAUUGUUAUAUUUUUUUGUUGUUGUAUUGUCUUUAUGUUCCACUAUGCAUAUUUUUCUUCUGAGACAGUUACAAAUAUUGUAUUCUAAAACCAUUCAUAAUGUCAUCGUAAUGAAGGAUAACAUAAUUUUGUAAUGACUGUAUCGCAGUUAAAAAUAAAUGUUGUUGAUUACUUAUCUACAUAGCUAUUUAUAGGGUUUCAGGUGCUUUAUAAUUUGGAACCAGAAAGUUAAGGACAGAGACCCAUUAAUUCCAAUGCACAAUUGUUUACAAAUGAUGUCUUCCUGUGUUAAAAGUAUUAUUGCUGAAAAUGUAGACAAUGGCAGCAUGCAUAAAAAUUUACUAAUAAUUAUGUCUUCUACUUGCCGGUGUAUCUUUCUGAUCAGACAUAUACCAUUCAUCCAGAAUUCAAAAUUUACAAGGGAUAAUUUUUUUUGUCAAUCAGUGUAUUGAUGGAGCACAUAUAAAGCCCUUCAUCUUGUGUUAGGAUUUUUUAAUCAUUGUACAAUAAUUGUGAAAAUACAGUACAUUACUGCCAUAAAUGAAGAUUUAUGACCAAUAAUUUUGGAGAAUAUGUAUUAUUCACAUGGUUGUUACGUUUCAGUAUAUUUUCAUUCAAAUUUCUGAAUGUGCUGUAUCAGUUUGUGUCCAUUUGUGAUGCACAUGGGUCUUAAGUGGAAUGUUGCAUUCAUAAAGUAAUAUAACAUGCUGUUGAAAUCUGAUGCAUUCUUACACUUCACAAAUAAUAAGACUGAAUUUAGGUAUAAAGUUAAUAUUAAGCUACCAUUGUGUAUGUAAAGUUUUAACUUUCUAAUGUCAGUUAUGUGUAAGACACUGCUACUGUAGUGGUGGUAUUACAGUUAAAUGUAAGAAUUUAAGAGAUAUUUUAAAAUAAUCGUGUUAAUGAUAGAAUUAGUACUGACUGCCUUAUAAUUAAUAUCAGGACUACCACAGUGUUUCUACACUUAAAUUUCAAGAACAGUUUAACUUUGUUCAUUGAGUUGGUGUCAGUAUCUAUGUGUCCUGGACAAAAGAAUUGUUACAUAGUAUGUGCAUUGUUUCUGUUAUUAUCUUUAGGGUUGGUUGUUUUCAUCCGACUAAAAGCAUCCAAUUUACACAAAUUACAUAAAUAAUGUGUGUUUCUUUGUGUGACUCAGCAAUAUACAUAAACUAUUAAUCCUUGCCUGUGCAUUCUGUUUACACAUUGUCUGUGUAAGUGUGUUUUCUGAAGUGAGUUCGUUGACAGAGUAAGCUUGAAAGUGCGUUCAAUUAAUUUGCCUUACAGUGCUAACCUCUUAAUUCAUGAAUUCAUUAUUUUUUCCCCUGCCCUUCUUUGUGUGUGUGUGUGUGUGUGUGUGUGUGUGUGUGUGUGUGUGUGUGUGUGUGUUCACAUUUGUCCAAAAAGAGUUUGCCUCAAAUAUAAAUGCUCAAUGCACUGAAAGCUUCCCUCACUUUCUGUGCAUGUUAUAGAUUCAUGUGUACAGUGUAAGAAUUGUACAUAUAACUUUCCACUAAAUAUGGUAUUUAUGUGUAAAUAGUGUAAAAAUUAUGUAAAUUACAUUUUCAUUUAUUAUUGAUCAUUCAUUUAGGUUGACAAUUGCAUUAUGCCUGAAAACAUGUAAGCUUUGGGAUGUUAAGGCUCAGGCUGAAAUUUAGGAAGGAAUUGAAAUGCCUUCAUUUGAAAUGUAUAAAUCUGGGAGCACAUAAAGCAGAGAAUUUUGUGU